AUGAUAUUUUCAAAAAUUUUAAGACCUGUAAUUCAACAAUAAAAAAUUGCUUUAAGCAAUUACAAAUAGCUUACAUUUAGCACAUAAAGGUACUUUGCUUAGAAAAAAGAGUAAGAAAAGAAGGAAAGAGGUCCAAGACCAAAUAAGGAUCAAUAAUACACAGCGUUUUUGUUUGAUGAAGAAAAUAAGACUCCUAUCUUUGAACAUAUGCUAGGAGAAAGAGAUUUAAGGAUUGCAAUAAGAAUUUUUACUAUUUUUACCAUCAUGAAUGUCUUUUUAGCUGUUGGAGAAUAUUAAUAUCCAAUCUUUGGUGGAUGGAAUAGUUUUUCAUUUUCAUUAUGUGCAUUGACAGGCAUAGGUCUUCUAACAUUUUUUAGUGUAUUUUCUAAAAGAACUAUUCAUAAAAUGAAGUUGCUCAGAACAGGCGACUUCGUUGAAGUAACUUUUUUCAACGCGUUUUGGGUUCCAUAAACAAAAAUGAUCCAUGUGAGUGAAUUUGCCAACAUGUAAGCAAGUUUUGUUGGUUAUUCAAGAAGUGAACUUACAACUCUAGGUAAAGUAUGGAUAAAUCUUGAAAAAAAUGCUUUUUAUGGGCAUAAAGCAUACGAAGAUAUUUUAAUAGAAAUUUUAAAUGGCAAAUCUGUUAAGUUGGAUUCUUAUGUCUUGCAAAGAGCAGCAUAAUAUCAAAAGAAAAAAUGA